AUGGUGGGAUCUGGGGAUGCAUUGGGAAGAGGGUGGACAGCAGGGCAAGGAGGUGAUGCUUCACUUGUGCUUGACUGUGGUGAUCCUCCACCUGUCACUGGCUGUGCUAAAGGUGUUGAGUCUUCAGUUUUCCUGGAUGGCCACGUGGGUCAUGGAAUUGGCCUCACCUGCAAGUCCCAGGGAUGGUUCCCUGAGCCACAAGUGGUUUGGUUGAACAGCAAAGGACAACCAAGGAUGGAGAAAGUGACCACUCGAAGCACUUUGGACUCCUCUUCAGGCAUUUUUAAUGUCAUGAGUUCCAUGAACCUCGAGCCAGGUGCUGACCACGAGGUGACCUGCAGGGUGGUCAAUGGUGUCCUCAAUGCAACGUGCGAGUCCAGGAUCAGGAUUUCAGAUUCCUUCUUUCCUGCCACUUCCCCUUGGAUGACAUCAUCCAUUGUCAUCUUGUGCCUGGAUUUGGCCGUUGUUGGCCUCGUGGUUUAUAAGACCAAAAGUAGUAUCUCAGAGGCCUCGGAGGCAGGUGAGGAGUAA